CAUCAGUGCAACAGCAUUCACGUUUUUCCAGUCCUUCUGUGCGUCCCGGUGAUCGCUGCUGCUGCGAGGAAGAGGAUGAGACUGUCCUGUUAACGGAUCCCCGGACUGUUGAAGCCUGCCCGCCUUUUCUCUCCGGAUCUAAGGAAAUCGUCUAAAGCUCCAUGACCCUACCCUAUGAAGACAGGGACACAUCUAGCCUGUUGCAGUUUAUCACCCUGACAUGAUGGGGGGGUCACUCUGGAUUUCCCAUGGUGCCACUGAAGCCCUGUUCAAUGGAAGGAGCUUCAUUGCAGUUCUACCUUUGGCCCUGUUGUUGCCAACAGUGAGAGUCAGUGCACAGACGAUGAUGAUAGGUGGCCCUUUGGACUGCGAGGAGACUUGUGUGUGUGCCAGCAACAUCGUCAGCUGCUCCAUGAAGAAUCUAACCUAUGUGCCCACCCCUCUUCCAAAUUAUACAGCUGUUCUGGAUCUCAGCUUUAACAGCAUCACCAGGCUACGUGCUGAAUGGACCCCCCACUCACUAAACAGGCUACACAGUCUGAUCCUCAGCCACAACAACCUCACGUUCCUUUCCUCUGAGGCCUUUGUGUCUGUGACCAAGCUCCACUACCUGGACCUUUCCUUUAAUAGCCUCCGCCAGCUGGACGAGUGCAUCUUUGAGCCUCUGGAGCACCUGGAGGUGCUGCUGCUUUACAGCAACUGCAUCUCUCAGGUAAAUCGCGCAGCCUUCUCUGGCCUCGACAACCUUCAGAGGCUCUACCUGAGCCAGAACAAGAUCUCCCGCUUCCCCUUGGAGCUGGUGAAGAAUCGCACUAGGCUGGAAGCUCUUAGACUGCUUGAUGUGUCCUCCAACAAAAUCAAAGCCCUGCCCCUCUCUGAUUUAAAGGCUCUGCCCGCCUGGAUCAAGAACAGCCUGUACUUCCACAACAACCCCCUGCCCUGCACCUGUGAUUUGCAUGACCUGGUGGCACACUGGCACCUCAAGGCGCUCAGCUCUACUAUGGACUUUAAGGAUAGCCACACUUGUUUGUUACCAGGCCUACAGAAAGAGAAAAUAGCCAUACUGGAUCUUGACAAGCACUAUUUGAACUGCAGUGAGGUCAAGGUUAUGGACAAAUCCGCCUAUCUGGAACAGCGCCUGGUCCUGGACUGUGACAGCAGGCAGAGGGACAUGAUGAAGAACUGGGUGCUGCCUGGAAACAUCUCACUGUCUCGUGCCAUGGAGACGCUUUAUGAUGGCAGCCUCGUGAUUGGGCCCCUGAAGGCAGAGGACUCUGGGGUCUACACCUGCUAUGCCACAAGUGACUCCUUUAAUGAGACGCUGUAUGUAACUGUAACCGUGUUUAAUUCCACUAAAAGUGGUGGGCUUGAGAACCUAAAGACGGCCUACACUACCCUCAUAGCAUGUCUGGUCAGUUUAGUUAUGGUUCUCAUCUACCUCUAUCUCACACCGUGCCGCUGUGCAUGUUGUCCAGGACAAGGCCUGGAGAAAAGCGACAGUUUCCACUCUUCAACUGUGAGCCUCUCUCAGGCACAUGAGGAGACGGGGCAAGAAAGAGGGGUAGGCCGAGGCUUCGCCUACAGACAUGUGGCCUUCAUGCAACCCAAGGACCAGCUAGAGCAGAACGGGAGGUUGAACCCAAUAGAGGAAGACGAGGAGUGUCAGGGGGACAGGGAGAGAAGGAGGUCUGACGCAGAGUCUGUCAGCUCAGUGUGCUCAGAUACCCCCAUGGUGGUGUGAAGUCAGUGGCACAGCCUGGAGGGUAAGACAGUGAUGGCUCGACCCAUGUGGCUUCUACAAAGAGAUUAGUAUGCACUGUUACAAAUUAAAAUAAAAAAUACAUUAUCAGAACAAUUUCCUGAUAAAAAACAACAUAGAAACAGCCCAAAACAUAGUGAUAAUGCAGAAACAUGUGAUUUCUUUAAAAGAGGAAUUAGUUUGACAUUGUCUGAAAAUUAUUGUCAGGCCCUGCAAGAUAUUGCUACACAAGCAAGAACGAAAAGAGUUUAAUAUAUGUAUUUAAUUAUCUUUAGGGAUUCCUCAAAAAUAUAAUACUAACACUUAUAGACAGCAAACAGCAUGACAACAGCUUGCGUCUGAAUAACAUAAUUGCUGCUUGAAAAAGUAGCUAAUUGUAUGCAGAGCUCACCAAAUAAUCACUGUUAGAUGCUUAGAGGUGCACUGUGUCAAAUAUGGCUCACAUUUAGGUUAAAAACUAACUAAUAUUAUCAACAGAAUGUGAAAAGGUUACAGACAUUAUGUCCAAGUGUCUAGUUAUUGUCUUUCAGAGAUAAACCUAAUCCUCUCAGAGUUUCGGUUGAAUUUUGCUUAUUCUUGCCCUGCUGUUAGUAAGUAGUUUACUUUUUUUUUAAACGGAUUACAUAAAUUGUAAGGACCCAGUUGUAGAGGUAAAAAAAACAUUACAUGUCGCCAUGCAUUUCACAUUGCACCUUUAAUAUAAUGACAAUUUCACAUUCCUGUUCGGUUAUGAUGCCUUUACAGAAAAUAAGGAAAAGAUCACAUUUAUGCAAUAUUUUCAAUUUACAUUAUUUAAGAUUUGAGUGGGAUUUAAUGCUCAGUUAAAUAUGUGUGUUGGCAGUAACUGAGCUUCUUUUUUAAUACUGCUUUGUAUGCAAGCCUUUUUUAGAUACAGCAUAAUUACAGAAUUAUAAACCCAGCCUUAUUAUGAUACAUUGUAUUUUCACUGAAAUUCAUUUUAUCCAGAAAUCAUUUUUUAUAUAUUUAAUGUAGGUCGUAGUCUCCAUAAAAAGAAACACAAAAGAUUGAUUUACUAAUUUGCAAUAACUUCAUUAGCACAUAAACAUUACCCAUGUGGUCUGCAGACAUUUUAGUUAAGAGUUGACUACUGAAUCUUUCAGUUUGAACUGUUUAAAAAGUGGUUAAUCAUGUUCAAAUUAACUAAAUGCCAACUUAGGCUAGACUUAGAUACAUGACAGGGGAUUCAAUUUCCAUAAAUAACCCUCUUUUAUCAUCACAAUGCAGUGAAAACUAUAUGUUCAGUGUGGGAUUCAGACUGCCGACAUCCGGUCCCAAUGGAGAGUGAGUAGCAGAACGGCCCGAGGGGAACAACUGAGAGCGAGUACCAUCCACCGAAUGUUUCUGGGCAUUAGUGCCCAACCCUCAACAAAUCAGCAAAUGCUAGCCAGCUAGCAGUCUCAUAAACACCAUCAGAAAUAGCAGCUCAUAGUGCAGCCAACAUGCAGGGGGCACAGAUGACGUGUACAUA